AUGAAGCAAGCUCUUUUCAUGCGCAUUCAUGAUGCCGUCGUCGCGCACGAUACUUGUUUUGUUCAAAAAAGGAAUGAUGCUGGGCGACUUGGCUUGUCAUCACUUCAGAAGAUUGGGGAAAGCACCACUAUUGAAAGUCUCAAAAAGUUCAUCACAGUAGUUGUCGAAGUGUUUGGUGAUGAGUACUUAAGGUCGCCAAAUAGUGAUGACCUUAAGAGAUUACUUGCAAUAGGUGAACGACGCGGCUUUCCUGGGAUGCUUGGAAGCAUUGAUUGUAUGCAUUGGACAUGGAAGAAUUGCCCUACUUCUUGGCAUGGUAUGUUUACUGGCCACAUUCAUGAACCCACUAUUAUUUUAGAAGCUGUAGCUUCAUAUGAUUUGUGGAUAUGGCAUGCUUUCUUUGGAUUACCUGGGUCACUUAAUGACAUCAAUAUGUUAGAGCGGUCUUAUGUAUUUAGUGGAUUGGAUGAAGGUAGUGCCCCUCAUAUUAGCUAUAAAGUCAAUGGGAGGCCAUAUGACAUGGGAUAUUAUCUUGCUGAUGGUAUGUAUCCAUCAUGGGCAACAUUAGUGAAGACUAUUCCAGCUCCACAAGGAAAUAAGCAUCGACAUUUUGCUAAAGAGCAAGAAGGGUCAAGGAAAGAUGUUGAGCGCGCAUUCGGAGUGCUUCAAUCACGUUUUGCGAUUGUCCGAAACCCGGCAAGACUUUGGGAUAAGGAUAACCUAAAACAUAUUAUGAUGGCAUGCAUAAUUAUGCAUAAUAUGAUUAUCGAAGACGAGCGUGAUGAACAUGAGCGUAUUCGUAAACUAAGGAAGAUACAUGAUAUCAAAGAAGAAUAUGACCAUGUUGAUGAAAUUCCACACAUAUCACUUUCGCUCGAGCGUACACCAACAAUAAUGGAGUUCAUCGCAAAUCGUCGUCGAGUUAGAGAUAAACAAAUGCAUACUCAACUCUAA